UUCUUUCUGUACGACAAAGAGAUACGAUAAAUCGGGAGAGAGAGAACCAUGAAUAGUGUGUGAGCCGAGAUGUAUGUCACAUAGUAGGCCUAAUGGACUUAUUUGUAUAAAACACGAAAUUUAACCCCAAAUAUAAUAACGUUAGGAUCAAUCACUGAACACUUCAACGGAAUUAAACUCUGGGAGAACAUGGAGAAGAAACGGUGGGAUUGCUCGGCUCUCCCCAAGGGCUGGCAAAUUGAAGAAGUGACCAGAAAGUCGGGUUUGUCUGCGGGGAAAAGCGAUGUCUAUUAUUAUAGCCGAGGUAAGGAAGAAGAAGAAGAGGAGGAGGAGGAGGAGCAGAGGCGAGAAAGGGGGGAGGCGGGUCGGUUGUAUAGUUUGUGUCCAACCGGGAAGAAGUUUCGGAGCAAGCCUCAGCUGGCUCGUUACCUUGGCAACCAGAUGGACCUCAGCUCCUUCGACUUCCGCACGGGGAAGAUGCUCAUGAGUAAACUGAACAAGAACAGGCAGAGGCUGCGCUAUGACAACAACAAUCAGACCAAGGGCAAGCCAGACCUGAACACCUCACUUCCCGUCAGACAGACUGCUUCCAUCUUUAAGCAGCCUGUCACCAAGGUUACCAACCACCCCAGCAACAAAGUCAAGACCGAUCCACAGAAAGCCGUGGACCAGCCAAAACAGCUUUUCUGGGAGAAGAAGCUUGGUGGUCUCAAUGCAUUUGACAUCGCAGAGGAGCUAGUGAAGACAAUGGACCUGCCUAAAGGUCUGCAAGGAGUUGGACCUGGAUGUACAGACAAGACUCUACUGUCAGCGAUAGCCAGCGCCCUGCACACUAGUGCAGCCCCCAUCACAGGUCAGCUGUCUGCAGCUGUGGAAAAGAACCCAGGGGUGUGGCUCAACACGACCCAGCCCCUCUGCAAGGCUUUCAUAGUCACCGACGAGGACAUCAGGAAGCAGGAAGAGCUGGUGUACAGUGUGAGGAAGAAGCUGGAGGAGGCUCUAAUGGCGGACAUGUUGGCUCAUGUGCAGGAAGCAGCCAGCGAGGGUGACUCACUCAAUGAAGGCAAUGAUGACAUGGAGACUGUAUAGCAGAGGUGUUCCAGCAGUGCUGACAGAAGGCCUCCAUAGCUCAGGGUUAACUGCUGCUGUGAAUGAGACCAUAGAAGAGAAAGUGCUUGUAAAUCCUUCCAUCUCAAUCACCUCCUUGAGAUUAACAGUUAACCUGGCUGCUCUGAGGUUUUCAUUUCAGCCUGUCAGACCAGUCCUUGGACACAUGAUAGGGGAAGAGGACACACACUUUUUUAGACCUCUGCCUGUUGGAGUAACUUAGGAGUCUAUCUACUCUGGACAUGGUCAGGGCCUUUGCAGGCAGAGGCUUCAUGUCUGAGAAAGCAAAAAAACGAUUAUGAUUGGAACUAUUGAGUUGUACACCAAGGUAAGUGUUUGAUCAGGCAUAUCUGACUGUAGCUGAGUGGACUUAAUUUAUUGACAGUUUGUUUUCACUGACGUGUUCUUGGUAGAAAUUGAUUUGAUAUCAUGUUGUCAUUGUGAAACCCAACCCUGUUAGUGCAUUGUUAUUGAUUUCUGUGCGCAUAUGUGAAGUUUCAAAGACAUGUUGGACAUUUCUGUCCAUUACUGUGAGUCAGUUUGGAUCAGCUAAUGUAUGUUGGCCUACAUGUCAUGACAUGUCAAUAUCGUGAUAGAAAGGCACAUAACUGCUGUAUAAGCUCAUGCUCAACGGAUUGGCAAUGAUCCACAUUGUAUGUGGUGCACAGGAUCUUGUGCCAAGAGGUUGUCAUUACGAGGAUAGCUGGGAUGAUUGAAAAGAUGAGUAAUCCGAGCUGAGAGAAAGGGAUGACAGACAUUUAUUUUUUACUGCAUUUAAGAGUGUUUUAUGCUAAUGGGAGAAUGUAGAGACUGUAUAGCAGAGGUAGGCUACUGUUCAGRGAGACUGUAUAACAUAGGUAGGCUACCGUUCAGAGAGACUAUAGCAGAGGUAGGCUACUCUUCAGAGAGACUGUAUAGCAGAGGUAGGCUACUGUUCAGAGAGACUGUAUAGCAGAGAUAGGCUACUGUUCAGAGAGACUGUAUAGCAGAGGUAGGCUACCGUUUAGAGAGACUGUAUAGCAGAGCUAGGUUACUGUACAGAGAGACUAUAGCAGAGGUAGGCUACUGUACAGAGAGACUAUAGCAGACGUAGGUUACUGUACAGAGAGACUAUAGCAGAGGUAGGCUAAUGUUCAGAGAGACUAUAGCAGAGGUAGGUCACAGUGUCAGUGUUGUUGAAAGAUGAGAGAGACCUUGCAGACUGUUGAAAAAUAGGAAUAAAUCCAAUACUGAUGAUGGCUUGAUGCCGAAACAUU